CUGGCGGGGGCGCUGGGCUCGGAGCUGCAGCGGCUGUCGGGCCUCUUCGGGCCGGGCGCCGUGGCCGGGCUGGUGCCGCAGGUGGUGCGUCUGCUGGAGCUCCUCGAAGCGCUGGCUGCCGGCGGGCCGGAGCGGGACGAGGGGCCGGCCCGGGCCCGGCAGCUGCAGGAGGCCGGCGAACCCUCGCCGGGCCCGACGCGGGACUUGGCGCAGGCUCUGGAGCUGCGGCUGGCAGAGGCCCAGGAGAGAGAGCGCCUCCUGCAGAGCCACCUGGCCCAAGCUGAAGCAGAGAACCAGCGCCUCUUGGCCCAGCUGGCAGGCACCCAGUCCCAGGAAGAGAGCACCCAGCGCAGAGAGAAGGAGGUGAUGCUGCGCCUCAAGGAGGUGGUGGACAAGCAGCGGGAUGAGAUCCGUGCCCAGGCCCACGAGAUCCUCUGCAAGGCCCGGGACACCGAGGCGCUGCAGGAGCAGCUGAACCGCUUCAUGACGGUCAAUGAGGAGAUUCGCCGCAAGCUGGCCAUCGUCCAGGCGCAGCUGCAGAGCGCCCUGCAGAGGAAGGAGGACCUGGAGAGCGCCCUGCUGGAGGCCCGCCAAGAAGUGGAGAGGCUGAGCAAGGCUGCAGGGGCAGCAAAAGAGACCUUGAGGACUAGCACCAUGAACCAGGAGGUGGUGCCUGGCGAGGAGCUUCCUGGCAGCGGCCAUGGCAGGAGGUCCUACUCCAAGGAAGAGCUGCAGCAGAUCCUGCAGGAGCGCAACGAGCUCAAGACCAGCCUGUUCCUGGUGCAAGAGGAGCUGGCCUAUUACCAGCGGGAGUUGCUGAAUGACGAGCGGAUUCCCAGCCUCCUCCUGGAUGCCGUGAAAUCCACCAUCAAGAAGCAGCGCAGGAAGAUCCGGGCCAAGAUGCUGGGCACAGCAGAGGAGCCCCUGAGCAGCGACGAAGAGGAGGAGGGCGUGUGGCUGGCGUCCCCCACGGGCUCGGACUGUGUGGACAGCCGCCUCCCCGAGUCCAAGAUCCGGAGCUUUUUUGGCCUCUGGUAUCGUGGGAGCAGCAAAAGCAGCUCGCCAGAAGACUGCCCUGGAGCCUGGGAGAUAGUUGACCCUCAAGAUGUGGGUCCUGAGGAGGAGGAGGAGGAGGAGGAGGAGCAGGGAGGGAGGGAGGCCUCCUGCAGCUUCAGCCCCCCAAGUGGACCCUCGCCCUUCCCGAGGGUGAUGGAGCGCUGGGCCUUGCCGAUCUUCCUCUGCCUCCUCCAGGCGAUGGGCUUGGGGGACGGGAGCGGCAGCCCUGACCUGGACCCCAGUGGGAGAAACGUCUGCAGGUCCAGCAGCCACCCGCCAGUCUUCACCUGCUGCCCAGGAUGGAAACAGGAGGGCCAGGAGUGCCCAGCUGCACUCUGCACGGGAGCAGAUGCCUGCCGGGAGGGCGAAGUCUGCGUCCGCCCGGGUGUUUGCCGCUGCCGGCCUGGAUUCUUUGGGGCCAACUGCAUUGCACGCUGCCCCGACCAGUACUGGGGUCCUGACUGCAAAGAGAGCUGCGCUUGCCACCCCAACGGGAAGUGUGACCCGGCCAACGGAGAGUGCCGCUGCCACCCUGGCUGGUGGGGCCCCCUCUGCCAGUCCGUGUGCCCGUGUGGCCCCAGAGGCCGCUGCGACCCCCUCACCGGGGCCUGCCAUUGCGAGCCAGGCUGGUGGGCACCCGACUGCAGGCGCCAGUGCCCUUGCAACCUCUCUGGCUCCCGCUGCGACCCCGUGACGGGCCGCUGCCUCUGCCACCGUGGCUGGUGGGGCAGGAGGUGCUCCUCCCUCUGCAGCUGCCACGGCUCCCCCUGUGCCCAGGAGACUGGCCGGUGCGAAUGCCGCGCGGGGCAGUGGGGGGCGGCCUGCCAGGCCAGCUGCCAGUGCCUGCACGGGACCUGUGCCCCCCAGGACGGGCGGUGCACCUGCCACGCCGGCUACCAGGGCGACAGCUGCAGGGACCCCUGCCCUGCUGGGAAAUACGGGCUCCAGUGCAUGCAGAGCUGCGGCCACUGCCAGGACCUCAAGGCCUGCUUCCCCGUGGAUGGAUCAUGCCCAGCCUGUGACCCGGGCUGGAACGGGACCCACUGCAAGCAGCCAUGCCCACCGGGGCACCAUGGGGAGAACUGUGCCCUGCUUUGCCCUCCCGGCUGCCGGCGAGGAGAGAGCUGCCACCCAGAGACAGGGGAAUGCCGGGGCUGCAAAACAGGCCUCACGGGUGCCAGGUGUGAGCUCUCCUGCCCAGAGGGCUUCUUUGGAGAUGGAUGCCAGUUUGCCUGCCCAGUCUGCUUCAACGGGAGCUGUGACCCGGUCUCUGGGGCCUGCGUGUGCCAGGCUGGGUUCUGGGGCACCAGCUGCAACCGGACCUGCCCUGAAGGGUCUCACGGCCCCAACUGCUCAGAGCCCUGCCAGUGUGGGGGGCGCCUGUGCCACCCUGUCACCGGGGACUGCCAGUGGGGCCAGAACCAGGCAGCCCUCUUAGCAGGAAUCCUGACCCCCUUGAUUCUCAUCAUCCUCCUCUGUAUGUGUUGCUGCUGCUGCUGCUGCUGUGAAUCCACCCCGAUGGACGCCAGGUCGGCAGCCGCGGAGGGAGAUCCCAUCUCUCGCGUGAAGCACCACGUUCUGGGGACGUUGGCCAACCUCAGCCCCGCCUUGCCCUGCUUCUCCUUGGGGGGCUACAAGCUCCCACGUGUGACAGUCUCCCACCAUGACGCCGAGAUCCCCUUCAACCCCAGCUUCAUUGAGCCCCUGUCAGCCGCCUGGCCUUCGGACAGCUCCUUCUCCUCCUCCUCCUUCGACACAGAUGACGACCAUGAGGACCCAGCCCCCCCACCCCAGGAAGUUUCAGCGGCCGGUGCUGAGCACCAGCCAGGAUUCCCCCCGGAGGAGCCAGCCUUGAACACGGAGCCCUUCGCCAUUCCCCGCACCUCCAGCAUUGCCAAGGCCAAGCGCCCCUCCGUCUCCUUUGCCGAAGGUACCCGGUUCAUCUCUCAGAGCCCCAGGGGUUCCACGGAGGCCCUGAACCCCACCUGGAAGGCCAAGACCCCCUGGGCCUCAGUCCGAGCCCCCUCCUUGCAGCAGCCCACAGCGGACCCUGCUGGGCAGGACGGCCUCCCUGCGAUCGCCGAUUCACCGGGGGGAUGCUACGAGAACGUGGAGGCCGCUGGUAGGGAGGAAGGGAGCCACAGACCCUGCUCCUCCACCUCAUCCACGCAGAGGAGCAGCUCUGGGGGCCACAGGAAGCGGGGGAACAGCUCCCGGCACGUGGCCCAAAGAGUGGAAGCCCUGGAGGCCGCCUCCAAAGCCCAGGCCAAGGGCCCAAGCGUCACCACCAUCUACGUGACCGUGGGCAAAGCGGGGGGCGAGGGGCCAGUGCAAGCUGUCCUGCAGCGGCUGGGGAGCCUGCAGAGGGCCAAGCAGCUGCCCAGGGAGGAGCCGCAGCAGCAGCGGCCAAGGAGAAGGAGCCUGGAGGGCUUCCUCCAGAAGCCGCCGCGGAGGAGAGCGCUGCUGGAUUCCGAGGGGGACGCCAGGAGGCUGCUGCCCCAAGGUGGGACUGGCCAGGAGGCUGCCCCCAUGCUCUGUGCUGAAGCCAGCACCCCGGAGGAGGAGGAGGCUGAGGCCCAGGGCUUCCCCAGUUGGCCAGGAGCUCCUACUGGUGGAGAGAGCGGCGGCGGCGGCUGCAGCAGCAGCAACAGCGAGUCACUCAGCAGCCACAGCCAGGCUGAGGUGGCAGCUGGAGGAGACACCUUGCUGGAGAAGGAGGACCAGGAGCCAAAAAAUCUGCCAUAUGGCAACUCGAACAAGGGGCCAGGGGAGUCCAAGGAGCAGCUCUUUGCUCAGGCUGCUGAUUCUCAAUGGCCACCCCAGCAGCUUGGAGGACAGCCCCUUCAAGCUCAUGCCAACCGGAGCUUGGCAUGGAGGGCAGGAGAGGGCCAGGGCUGCCCCAGGCAGGCAGGUCGCCCCCGGGUGAAGGCUGCCAAGAGGGAGCCGCCUGAAGCGGAGCCCGCGGGCGCCGCGCGACGAACCUCGAAGCCCUGGCCCGCCGCGGCUGCGCUGCUUCGCCUUCGCCUUCUCUCCCUCCUCCGCGAAGAAGCGAGCGGCUCUCUCGCGGCUGCAUCAUCCUACUCGCGAGGCGCCCGGUUUCCUCGGCCCCGAAAGAGGACCCCGCGCGCCGCUUCGCCUCCGCUCCCUCGCCGGCAGCGCGCAAAAGCCGGGCGCGCGCGCGGCAGCCAGGUGCGUCUGGAGCGGGCGGAGGGCCGGUUGCAUCGCGGCGAGGCCCGCUUCCCCCGGCCCUCCGGGGCCGCGCCUGCCGGAGCACCAGCGGCCCGGCCUCGGCGGGAGAGCCACUCUGUGCAUGGCCAGAGGCACCCUUUCCCGCGGGGUUGCCCGCGGCGAGUAGCGGAGCGAGCUCCCCAUCUCCGGGCGGGCGCGGCCUGA